AUGGACAUGACUAUUGGUGAUGCUGAUGUUCCCUCUGAUACAGAGAGCGUUGAUUUGGCACUGGAGAGCGAGUCUGAUUCCAAUUUCGGUGAAAUUGAUGAACAUGAACCAGACACAUACCCCAAUAUUCCACCAAUCCUUCCCCUUUGGGAGUGGCUGUCUGAAUUGCAGAAAGCCCUCUCAGCACUGAUCAACAAGUGGGGUGCAAUCCCUGGAAACAAAGUUCACUACCCUGGAAACGGAAUUAAUGGGAUUCAGGCUGAGCGUACACAGUGGCAUCAUGCAGCCAAGUGGAGAGCUACCAGGGGGAAAUUGCAGGAGAUGAGCAACAAAACAGCAGUUGACCAAAAGAAGCGGACAGUUACUGACUUUUUCCAGAGUCGCCAAUCCCACAUUCCUGCUGACAACCAAUCCCGCUUCCCUAUUAACAUUGACAACCUAUCCCCUCCUUCCAAUUCCCUUAACUAUCCUGGCUCCCAACCUGGAUCACCCAGUCACUCUAGUAGUGGGAGAGGGGCCACUACUGCUGGAGUUGUGGCCUUGGACACUGUUAUACAGAACUUAGUAUUUGACGUGGUGUGGAGAAGAGUAAAGAACCCUUUACCCAACUCCACACCAUACAUGUACACUGAGAGUCAGACAACACUGCAAAUUCUGACAAUGCAAACACACACACCUGCACUCACACCUGAACCUGGGCCUGUGUCCCCAUCCACUUAUAAUCCACCACCCACACCACCCUCAGCUGGCAUAUCAAACCUGGUAACUCCUCCAACCAGUGGCCAAUGCACAAGUGGGGGGGAGGAACUAUUUGCGUGGGUCCAGUUCCAUUCGUGUCCCCAUGUUGCUGCACCAACCAAAGCUCAAGUGAUUGAGGCAGCAGAGAAACUUGAUGCACUCAUAAGGCCACCUCAAGCCACAGGUGCUGGCCAUAAGCAUUUGAAAUUUGAUGAUUUUUACGCAGAUGCAACUGGAGCAGAUGCUCCAAGUAUCCCGGACAUUCAGCUCAGCAUGCUUGGAUCCGAGUGGGGAAAUGGGAUGGAUCACAGCAUCAUUGUGGGUUGCGAGAUCAUGGAAUUGUGGCUCAUCAUAUGCUUCAUGGCUGUGAAGGUGGUGUUGGGUGUUUAUGUGGGAUUACAAAAUGAUUCCAGUCAAUCCAUAUGGAUGGUGGAAGGAGUCAGUUCUGACAACUGA